GCCUAAGGGAGGGGGAUGUUGGCGCCCUUAAGGAGGCGCGGUCGGUUGGGAGGGAGUGGGGAGGAGCCAGUCGUUAAAAGCUGUUCCCCAGCCUGGCCCACCCGCCAGCCACAGACGCUGAGACCAGGUGAGAGAGGGCAGUGGCACCUGGGCUACGCUGCCUGGCAGCUGCGGGACCCCCCGACCGCAGAGGUUUACCGCCUUCACCGAAGCCGGGCCCUUGGCGGGCAGCGGGCGGCGGGCAGCGGGCAGGGGGAGCCAGACUCGGUCGCCGGGAACCUCGCAGCCACAAGGAGAGAGCACAACCUGUACAGGAGCGGGUACCAGGCAGCGGUUUUUGCGCUGGACUCCCCAGAAGUGCCGGAUUGGUUGGAAGUACGGGCUUCAUUAUAAGGACUCUGAACUUGGGACGGUUUAUACCUUUAAAGGACACGAGUUUCUCUGUAACGACUCCGGAUUAGAAAGACACUUAGGAUACCGGGUUUGGGGAUCAACGUUUCACUUCGGAGGGGAGGGCGUGUAGAAACGCCCUCUGAAGGCUUCCCUUCGGCCCCCCCAUGGCGGUACCGGGCUCCUCACACGACCAGGCCUGGAACCUGGACUCUCCCACUCCCACGGCCCCUACCUCCUCGUCCUCGGGCCCCCAGGAGCGGGAGGGCGCCGGGAGCCCAGUUGUCUCCAGGGGGCUUCCCUUGGAGAAGGUCAAACGGCCCAUGAACGCGUUCAUGGUGUGGAGCUCCGCCCAGCGCCGCCAGAUGGCGCAGCAGAACCCGAAGAUGCACAACUCGGAGAUCUCCAAGCGCCUGGGCGCGCAGUGGAAGCUGCUGGGCGAGGAUGAGAAGCGGCCCUUCGUGGAGGAGGCUAAGCGGCUCCGAGCCCGGCACCUGCGCGACUACCCUGACUACAAGUACAGGCCCCGGCGCAAGACCAAGAGCGCGGGGGCCGGGUCGCCCCACUUCAGCCAGGGAAGCGGCGGCAUGGCUGGCAGCGGGCCAGUCUGGGGGCCUGGAUAUGCAGCCAACCAGGGGAGCAGAGGCUUUGGGUACCAGCCCCCCAACUACUCGACAGCCUACCUUCCUGGCAGUUAUGGCUCUUCCCACUGUAAACCGGAGGGCCCCUCGCCGUGCUCUCUCCCCCACAGUAACCCAAGGCUCCAGGGGGAGCUACUCCCUGCUUACAGCCCCUACCCACCCCCAGGCUCUCCCCCUCUGUACAACCCAGCCCUCUCAGGGACCCCCUUGCCCCUAACCCACCUCUAACCCUCACAGGCAGGGACCACCCAGAAAGGUUUCCAGUCUCCUUUUCUGUUUCUACUCAGAACACACCCCCCCCGCCCCCCCCACCUCCCAGGCUGCAAAUCCUUUAGAACUGUGUUGGACCACAGUUCAGAGACGAGCAGUACUCC